AAUGACGUCAUGUCACAUGACCCUUACGCGCACGUGGGUGGUUGUAGUUUACGGCUGGUUGGCAAAACAUUUCAGUGCUCCGUGUGUAGUGGGUCUGCGCGAGCGCAACUUUACGCUGGUGUUGCUUUGUUUUGCGGCCGUCUAUCUACCACGUUUAGCAUGGUGGUUAGUUGUUGCGCUGUUGGAUGCACCAAGAGCGCGGCGAAAGGCAGCGGCGUCGGUUUUUUUCGUUUUCCGAAAGAAAACACUCGUCGCAAGGCAUGGGUGCAAGCUGUGCGCCGAGAAAAAUGGCAGCCCUCGGACAGCAGCAGGAUUUGCGGCCUACAUUUCAUCACUGGCGCUCCGUCUCCAUUCCCGAACCACCCGGACUGGGCACCUAACGUUUUUGCCUUCAAGAAGGCUAACCGCGAAGCUGAAGAAAAGAAAUGCGACAGAUACGAACGGACGUUGAAGCGGAAACGUUGUUCGGCUUCUAACCACGGAUCAGCGGCCCACACAGGAUGCGUUGUAGCAGCCUAUGCUGCUUAUGCCAGCCGAGACAAGGCGAACGCUGAAGCAGAAUCCGAUGGAGAUGCUGUCGCAUCAACAUUGUUUUUGGGAGACAUCGAACCGGAUCCAACUGAUGGAGAGGACGAGAUGGAACCAGACAGCACUGACGAUGAGGCAUCAAACGACUUGCCAGAGAGCAUGCAAUUGUUACAAGCACAGUUGCCUGCACCAUCACACCACAUGGGUGGAUUUUCAAGAAACCUGCAGGCUCGCAUGCAAGAGAAGUACCUGGAGAAAUGUCGAGCAUAUAAUGCAUUGCAGGAGCGCUAUUUAAUCAUGGAAAAUGAACUUCGAGACCUUCGAGCAAAAAGAAGUUCAGAAGCGAACGGUGCUGCUGCUGCAUGGGAUUUCACCAAGUACCUCGACUAUGGCGAUGAAGUCAUGGCAGACCGGGGCUUUAAUGUCACAGAAGAACUGGCAGUGCUAGGCGUUAAGGUUAUGAUCCCAGCCUACACUAAAGGGAAAAAACCAGCUUUCCCAAGCUGA